CACAUACAUUCAGGAGCGUAUAGGUGGAGCUUUGCCUCAUGGAGUCUAUCAAACGGGCAAUGCUCUGAAGAUACCGAGAGCUCAGCUUCAUGAUGCAGGAAACUACGUCUGCACAGCAGUGAACGAUUUUGGUAUCGGGCAGUCACCACCUGCACGAUUGGAUGUCGUUAGACGUAAGUCCAAUCCUGCCACCUGGACCUGUCCAGUACUGUCCCUCGCCCACCAUCUCAUCCUUUCAGCAGCUCAACGCCCGAAAAUUGAUCCAGUUGAACAGACAGUAAAUGAUGGAGAACCAGCCAGAUUCAGAUGUUGGGUUCCUGGUAACCCAGAAGCUGAAUUGAAAUGGCAUCGUAUAGGACAUCAACCUCUGCCAGCGUCAGUACAAGAACAUCAGGGUAUUCUGCAUAUCCCGCGGGCUUCCCAACACGAAGCCGGUCAGUAUGUAUGUACUGCUACAGACCCAAGGGAUAGAAGGCCACAAGAUUCGGACCCUGCUACACUUCAUGUUCGCGAGCCGGAAGCACCCACAGCGCCACAGGUAGACCCUGUCGACCAGACCGUCAACGAGGGAGAUCCGGCCCAGUUCCGCUGCUGGGUACCGGGCAAUCCACAAGCCGUAAUCCGAUGGAGGAAGAAGGACGGAGGACGUUAG